CACUGUCUUUCCGUCUACAAUUCUAUAUAAUACCUUGCGAUUACCAAUGGUCCUGACACGCAUAAUUCUCUAGAUCUACACCUUCCUUUCCAAUUCUCCAACCUCAACGAGUGAUCGCCGUUGACACAGCUCCGGCAGUGCUCUCUUUCGUACGUCCGAUCAGGUGGUAAUAUAUCAACCGAUUUAUCGGCUGGCUCAAAACUCCGAUCCAUCGAAACCGAGGAGAAAAAAGUAUGGUGUUUGACAAAGAACUCAACCUUGAGGCAACAGAGCUAAGAUUAGGCCUACCAGGCAGCAUUAAGAGCAACAAAAGAGCAUUGCCUAAUUACAUGGAUGAGGAGGGUGGAUCUAAGGACAGUUCUAAUGUGUCGCAUGUCCAUAAAAGUGACCAAGAAAUUGCUUCACCACCCGCCAAAGCACAAGUAGUGGGGUGGCCACCGGUGAGAUCUUACCGGAAAAACUGUUUCCAAGCGAAGAAAAUGGAGGCUGAAACCGCCGGCGUGUACGUGAAAGUUAGCAUGGAUGGAGCUCCUUAUCUAAGGAAGAUUGAUUUGAAGGUCUACAAAGGAUAUCCAGAGCUCCUUAAAGCCUUGGAAGACAUGUUCAAGUUCAGUGUUGGCGAGUAUUCUGAGAGGGAAGGCUUCAAUGGGUCAGAAUUUGUGCCAACUUAUGAAGACAAAGAUGGAGAUUGGAUGUUGGUUGGAGAUGUUCCAUGGGACAUGUUCAUCUCUUCAUGCAAGAGGCUGAGAAUCAUGAAGGGGUCAGAAGCUAGGGGCUUGGGUCGUGCUGUAUAAAUCCCACAAUUUAGAGCCCUUAAGAAAGGAUCGAUGGAGCUAGAAGAGAAGGAGAUCCAUUUCUAUUCAAGAGAAAAAGCCGUUUUCGCUUGGGCUAUCCAUGAAGAAACUCAGAAGUCGAUCGAUCUCCCCUUCCAGAUCAGUUGCAAUAGAAAAAUUGAUAAGGAUAUGUCAAAAAGGGCAAAAAAAAAAUAAAAAAUUGCAUGUAUAUUUAGGCAUCUAUGCUUCAUCGCUUUGAAAGGAAUUGUACAAAGUUUAAAGAAUUAACUACGUCGUUCCAGAAUUUUAUUUUAUUUUUUACAA